AUGGAGAUCCAGAAGGAUCUAGCUGUAACCCAGAUUAACGCCUUCAGCGAUGCAGUGGAGAAGGCUCAACGAGUGGAAAAUGCUAAGCUACAAGUGAGAAACUUCCAGGCAAAGAAGCGAGGAUUUUCUGGAAGUAGUUCGGGACAGGGGGACAAGAGUACCCCUCCCAAGUUUGGACGGGGAACUAGAGGAGGAAGGAUGCCGGGAAUGUCAAGAGGGGCCCUGUCAAGAGGUGGACAAGUGGGGAAAGAUCAAAGAGAAGGUUUCCAAGGAGGCUCGACUUCUGCAUCUCAAGGAACCUGCGGGUAUUGUGGAAAGCCAAACCACACGGAGGACAAUUGCUGGAAGAAAGAGAGAAAAUGUUUGAGCCGCGGAAGUGCAGACCACCAGCUUGCCAAUUGUCCGGUUCUAUCACGAGAUGGAAGGGGAAGCCAGCAACCAACGAGGACCAAUUCCGAACCGGCUAUGGUGGAAGGGACUAAACCUAAGGUAUCGGCUCGAGUAUAUUCACUGGAGUCACAACAGGUCCCCGAUUCUUCUGAAGUUGUAGAAGGUACGAUUCCUGUAUUCCACCGAUUUGCGAAAGUUUUAGUAGAUCCCGGUGCUACUCACUUAUUUGUCAACCCCAAUUUCAUGUGCAGAAAUGAUAUAAAGCCUGCUAGUUUACCUUAUAGCCUGGAAGUUAGCACUCCUACGAGGGAUCACCGUUUGGUCACUAGUUUGGUUUAUAAGGAUUGUGAAGUUUAG